AGAGAGAGAGAGAGAGAGAGAGAGAGACCCAGGUGAACGUGACGCGUUGACUGCCGUCCUCCUCCUCCUCCUCCUCAUCUUCCUCCUCCUCCCUCUGCUGGCCAUCGAUCAGCUGGUCGGAUAUCGCAGCGACGCUUGGUGACUGCUGCUGCUUCAGGAGGAAGAAAAGGACGGCAGACGAAGAUCAGAACCCAGUCGCAACAUGGAGGGCAAAGAGAAGCCUGCAGCGGAGCCGGAGCUGAAGGGCAUCGUCACGCGUCUCUUCAGUGAGCAGGGCUUUUACCUGCAGAUGCAGCCGGACGGAACCAUCAGCGGCUGUAAGGACGAGAACAGCGACAACACCCUUUUCAACUUGAUCCCAGUGGGUUUGCGAGUUGUUGCCAUCCAGGGAGUGAAAGCUGCACUCUACCUAGCCAUGAAUGCAGAGGGCUUCCUGUACACUUCUGUGAGGACACACACACACACACACACGCACACACUCUCAGACAGACGGACGGAGCUCUGGAGCUGGCGCUCAACUCACUCCACUGUGUUUGUGUGUGGCAGGAUAUCUUCACAGCUGAGUCACGAGUCAGGUCGGGCUUGGUUCCUCGGCCUGAACAAGGAAGGCGUUGUCAUGAAGGGAAACCGGGUGAAGAAAACCAAACCCUGCUCGCACUUUGUCCCCCGACCGAUCGAAGUCUGCAUGUACAAGGAGCCCUCACUGCAUGAGCUGGAGGAGAAGUUGCUCAAGUCGUCGCGCAGCCCCACCAUCCACAGCCAGCAGCGGGUCUGUGGCCUGGACCAGAACCAGGACCAGAACCAGGAUCCCAACCAGGAGGGCGGGCCACAGGACAGGAGCCUGGACGACUGCACAGAGCAUGAGGUGUCAUAGCCCAACUGGCGUCCGCCCUCCACACCGACCACAACACCAUGAUGACGACCAACGAAGACCAGGAUCCAGUCAGUAGAUCGAAGCAGUGCAGGAGCACUGAGGACAAUGAUGACUUCAUUUUUAUGCAAAAAGUCUUGUAAUAUGACAUGAACACAUGCACUUAGCGCCGAUGAUGAUGCUGACGAGAGUGACAAGGGCAGGGUGGUGACCUUGAAUAGCUGCGGACCUUUCACUUCCAGGCAUUUUAUAAUGAUGAAACACAUUUGCACUUUCCUGAUGUUGCGCUUCUUCUUCUUCCUCCUCUCCAUUGUGUGCUGUAAUUGCACAAGGUCCCACCUGCUCCCAAGGUUGUGACAAGCAGAACCAUCUGCAGUCUCCCUCGCCACUUCUGGUGUCACGGGCUGCACCUUCUGCCCAGAUCGACUCUUCAUACAGUAGUCACGCGCUGGGACCAGGACCUGGGGCCCGGAGCAGGACUCACUCUGUGGGAUCGUUGCAUGAUGUCUCCAUAACGCGUCCGCGACCCUCACUCAACCUACAAAGUCUGACUGCAUGUUUUUAUCUGCACUUUUUUAAAGACAAAAGGUGAAUGUCGCUGCCUUCCAAUUGGUGGAUGUGGAAGAGGUGGAGACCUUAUCCAAAGCUAUUGACGAUACUGACCAAUGAUUGACUCACUGAAGAUUGUCAUUGACAUUUCAAUAUAAAUUCAAGUAUAAAUCCAACCCACUUGCUUC